UAAAGACAGUUGUUGAUCUGCUGAGAUGGCGACCACCGGGAGCUCCUCGAACGCGGACAGGAUGUACUCCAAACUAAUGGACGAGGGCAGUUAUGAGUCCAGCUGCGGGCCAGAUGUGCAGCACAGCGAUUACCCAGUGUCCCCAGUCAGAGACCCCAGGCUGAGUGGCCCGGGGCCCUACCGCUUUGCCACCAUCUGCCUGGCUGCACUCUGUGCAAUCCUCCUGAUUUCCAUCAUAGCUGUCACUGCCCACUCUAAGAACAAACCAAAGGCUGGUGAUGAAGCAACCGCACAGACGCAGAAGGAGAAUGCUAAUGUCUCAGCCAUGAUGGCGUUAGUCGCGAAUCUACAGAAGGAGAAUAAACAACUGCAGAAAAAAUUGGAUGAGCUGCAGGUGAACCUUACCUCCAUAAUGACAGCCAAAGCUGUUGCGCCCACACAAAAAGCAACCAGAGCCCCUAUCGUGUGCCCUACAAACUGGCAUCUCUUCGAGAACAGCUGUUACCUCAUCGCCAAACAAUUAAAAACUUGGACUGACAGCCAGACAUACUGUAAGAGUGCAGGAGCUCACCUGGCCAUUAUCCUAUCAGCUGAGGAGCAGACCUUUUUAUGGAAUCUCCUUCCCAGAGGGCACUGGAACUCAUACUGGUUUGGAAUCACUGACGGAGAAACCGAGGAUGAGUGGAAAUGGAUCGAUGGCACUCCGCUAGUUGGAGGUUUCUGGGAGGAAAACGAGCCCAAUAACCACAUAAAUGAGGACUGUGGUUACAUCGUGAAGACAGAGGUGUUGGAACGUGUGGCGACAAAGAGCUGGUAUGAUGCCCACUGUUCCAUGUCUAUGCCCUUCAUUUGUGAGAAGAAGAUGGGCGGCACCCCACAAUAGUGAGACGUCACCAGCGCUGGUCGGGGAAAGCAGCACCUUUAGCCAGCUGGUUGUUUGGGAAUCUUCUGGGCUCGUUUUAUGUUAGGAUGAGGUUAGCUAUGAGAGACGUUCAGAAACUGGAUGCUUCACAGGUCUGAUUGCAGGUUUACCUAAAUUAAAAUGUUACAUAAACCUCACUGUCCACUGUCAAGCUUGUAAAAGAAAGAAAUGUUACAUCUUUACAUAGGAUCCAUUGACCUUACAUUAAUAUAGAGUAACAUUAAGCCCAUUACGCCUAAAGUGCAGGAGGUGUAAAGAAAAGCCGACAAUAAGUUUGCCUGGCUACAGUAGGAAAAAUACACCAGAGGCAACAUUUUCCUGCACUGAUUCAUAUUAGUCAUUCCCACUGUUUGUAUGAACACAACUAAGGUUUUUUUUUUUUAGUCCUUGUGCCAGACAUGUCAGCGAUUGGAAGUGUGAAAGGACUAUCCUAAAGAUGUUUUAGGAUUAUUUUUCACCUGUAAAUUGUUGAUGGAGGAGAAUUUUCUUGAUCUUCAUGGUUUGAGGGAGAUGUGUCUUGGAGAGCUGCAUUUAAAACGUGAGACCUGUGUGUUAUUGCUACAUCCACUCUGUCAGACUGUGUCAAUGAGAAUGGUCGUUUUGUGAUUUAUUUUUCUUAAUGUUUUUUUUUUUUUGCACACUUUGAGUUAGAGGUAAGGGGAGACAACUUCACAGGGUGCUUUGUAUCAAAGAGGAAGUCUAGUCAUUUGGUUAUUAUGGCUUGCAAGACCAUCAGUAAGUAUAAAAUCCAGCAACUGGAAUCAAAAGAAAGAAAAUGUUUCAUAGUUAUUGUUUCAAAACCGUUCUUGUGGCCUGAAGUCCUGUUAAUGAGAUGUCAGAGAAAGUGCUGAAGUCACUCGAGUUUUCCUGGACUGCUUGGAGCAUAGAGUACUACAGCACCGCUUCGCCCCAUCUGUUUCUGCACACUGUUGAUCAGCUGGCUGAACGAAGGGUUCUAAACUUUGCCCUUCACUCACAAUUAAGACAAACUUGACUGUUUUAAAAUGAAGUCAUUUUUUAAAGUACAGUGGAAAGCUGUGAGCAGAAUGUUUAAGUAGCUAAUUGUAGAAUGUGCAGUUGAGCAGAAAGUCCAAACUAAUUAACCAGCUAUACUCAGCUGGUUAUCAUCACUAGAGCAUAGAAUACUUGUCUGUAGUUGUUUGUGUGUGAUUUCUAUUAAAUAUACUCAUUUCAGUGCGGAGUUUGCAUUUGAUUCGAAUGCACUUUUCAGUUAACCUGCAAAGACCAGCAAUUUGAAGAUUUUACAGCAUUAAUAAAAUAACAAAAAUGAUGCAUUAUUUGUGUAAUGGGAAUUUUGUGAAUGUUCAAUAAAGGUUUUACUUUUUCAGACAAA